CCCGUCUUAAACCCUCGCUCCCACGUCCAACACGCAUAGAGCAGCGGCCUCCUUCUUCCAGUCAUCUUCGGAGAGAGAUGUCUCACUGUUUCACCUCGGUUUCCUUCUCUUCCCGAAGCCUAAUCUCCUUCAGGGAACUGCAAACGAAAUGGAGUCGCAAGUCAGGCAGAAAUCUUUCUCCCUACCGAAGAUUUUGCGUUACAGCAGGUCCUAAGAGGAUAUUCUUUGAUAACGAUUGCAGAAGAGCGCUGCUAGCCGGGAUUGAUAAGCUCGCAGAUGCCGUCUCCGUUACUUUGGGACCCAAAGGCCGUAAUGUGGUUCUUGACGAAAAGGAAGUUCCUAAAGUUAUUAAUGAUGGAGUCACCAUUGCUAGAACUAUUGAACUCUCUGAUGCAUUUGAAAAUAUUGGCGCAAUGCUACUCCAAGAGGUUGCAUGCAAGACUAAUGAUUCCGCUGGUGAUGGGACGACUACUGCAAUUAUUUUGGCUCGAGAAAUUUUUAAGUUAGGGUUAUUAGCAAUUUCAUGCGGUGCUAAUCCAAUUUCCUUGAAAAAAGGGAUUGAUAAAGCUGUCAGUGAAGUGAUUCAAACACUGAGGAGUAAAUCCAUUCCUAUUAGGGGGAAGGAGGAUAUAAAAGCUGUUGCAUCUAUCUCUGCUGGUAAUGAUGGCUUCAUUGGUAACCUCAUUGCUGAGGCUAUUGAACAGAUAGGGCACGAUGGUGUUAUUUUGAUUGAAUCAUCUUCAUGCUUUAAUACUGUUAUUGAAAUUCAAGAGGGAAUGAAGGUGGAUAAGGGGUAUUUAUCUCCACACUUUAUCACAAACCAUGAUAAAUCACUAGUGGAACUUCAGAAUGCUAAAGUUCUUGUAACCGAUCAGAAAGUUACGAAUGUUAAGGAUAUUAUCCCUUUGUUAGAAAAGGUUACACAAUUAAGCGUUCCGUUGUUCAUAAUUGCUGAGGACAUCUCAAGUGAAGUUUUGGCUACUUUGGUUCUUAAUAAGAUGAGGGGAUUAGUAAAUGUUGCUGCUAUUAAGUGUCCUGGAUUUGGCGAUGGAAAGAAAGCUCUUUUGCAAGACAUUGCGCUCAUGACAGGUGCAGAUUUUCUUGCUCAAGAUUUGGGAUUGGCUCUUGAUGGCGUCAAUUCCGACCAGCUUGGUAUUGCACAAAAGGUAACCAUAACUGCCAAUUCGACUACUAUUGUUGCAGAUCCAAUAAUGAGGCCUGAGAUUCAGGCAAGAAUCUCUCAAAUAAAGAAAGAUUUGGCUGAUACAAAUAAUUCUUAUCAAGCAAGGAAACUUUUUGAAAGGAUUGCAAAACUCUCCAAAGGUUUAGCUACCAUCAAGGUAGGAGCAGCCACCGAGGCAGAACUUCAGGACAGAAAACUCAGAAUUGAGGACGCUAAGGGCGCUACUUUUGCUGCCAUUGAUGAAGGUAUAACACCUGGGGGUGGAGCAACAUAUGUGCAGUUAUCAAAGCACAUUUCCAACAUCAUUGACCUUAUUCAGGAUCCAGAUGAAAAGAUUGGAGCUACUAUAGUUGGAAAAGCACUUCUGGUUCCGGCAUCAUUGAUCGCGAACAAUGCAGGAGUCGACGGUUCUGUCGUGGUAGAGAAGCUUCUUUCCAGUGAUUGGAGAAUAGGCUACAAUGCCAUGACCGACAACUUUGAAGAUUUCAUUGAUUCUGGUGUUACAGAUCCCUCAAGAGUUUCGAGAUGUGCCCUUCAAAAUGCAGCCUCCAUUGCUGGAAUUCUUCUCACAACCCAAGCUGUAGUGGUUGAGAAAAUUAAGAAGCCUAAACCUGCUGUUCCUCUUGUUCCUGGUAUCUCACCUUAACUUUCAAGAAGAUAUACAUUCUUAUGUAUUUACAUAUCUAACACCUAAACUUCUUUUUUUA